AUGGACAAUGCGCACCCCAAAACCCGCAGGCGAGAUCCUCGCUCCCAGUCACCAGUCGAGUCCUCAUCCGACGAACUAGCUGCGGGCUCCGAACAUGACGAAGCCGAGCGCCGGCGAACCAGCUGGAACAUCCAGAAGAAUUUCACGCCGCAGCGCCCCAGUGCAAAAGAACGCCGUUACAACGAGUCUGCAAGCCCAGAUGAACUGGCUGUCGAUGCUGACGAAUACUGGCGCAGCUCCCGCAACCGUCGCAGUCCCUCGCCUAUCAAUCGCCGCGGGGACCUGAGUAGCCGCGAAGCAAGGUCACAGGACGAGUCGGAUAGUCUGGGAGAUGAUCGGAUGAGCAAUGAGGAUGGGAAUCAUGCAGGAACUCUCGAUGCCAUGUCGGACCGCUCCAAUACCCCCGCGCCUCUUGCUGAAGGCCCGCCUCCGAAGCCUGAGCAAUUGAACUACAGAGAGAAGUUUGUCCUACGGGGUCACUUGCGCGGCGUGUCUGCGGUACAGUUCUCUCCGUGCUGCUCUAUGAUAGCUAGUGCCGGCGCCGAUGCGGCCAUCAAGGUCUGGGAUACAUUGACGGGCCGACUUAUCUACACCUUUGAGGGCCACCUGGCAGGUAUCUCCACGCUCGCUUGGAGUCCUGACGGUCAAUGGAUUGCGUCCGGCUCCGACGACAAGACAAUCCGUUUCUGGAAUGUGACUACCGGCCGAGCUCAUACAAAACCCUUCGUCGGCCACCACAACUACGUGUAUCAAAUCGCAUUCGCUCCCAAGGGCAACAUUCUCGUCAGCGGCUCCUACGAUGAAGCCGUCUUCCUGUGGGAUGUGCGCCGAGCGCGCGUCAUGCGCUCUCUCCCCGCCCACUCCGACCCCGUUGCUGGUAUUGAUGUCGUACAUGACGGCACCCUGAUCGUCUCGUGUGCGCUGGACGGCCUGGUCCGUGUCUGGGAUACCCACAGUGGCCAGUGCCUGCGGACACUGGUACACGAAGAUAAUCCACCCGCUACCUGCGUCAAGUUCUCGCCGAAUGGUAAGUACAUUCUGGCGUGGACACUCGACGGUUGCGUGCGUAUGUGGAAUUAUGUGGAGAGUCGCGUCGUCAAAACUUUCCAAGGCCAUGUCAACAAAAAGUACAGUCUGUCUGGAUGCUUCGGGUUCUACGGUUCGCCAGAUGUGAAGUACUCGCCGCCUCUGUGCUUUGCCGUCAGUGGCAGCGAAGACGGUGCCAUUCUCUGCUGGGAUCUUGUGAGCAAGGACAUCCUCCAGCGCAUCGAGGGACACACCGAUGCCGUCCUUGGUGUCCACUCCGGCAAGCUGAACGGCAAGCGCCUGCUCGUCAGCUGCGGCUUGGACAAAACAGUCCGAGUGUGGGAGGAGGUCUUCGAAGGUCAGGGCCAAGACAGUCCGCCCCCUGUUUCCGGGUCUUGCGCUGAACCUAUCCAAAACGGUGUCUCUACUGGCAGCGACUUGGAUGGAGAUAACGCAAUGACCGAUGCUCCUCCCGACCCGUCUACUGCGACUACGCCUGCAGAGGACGUGAUGAUGACAUGA